CGAACUAUUACAUAGAAGACACGAAACCGCUGAAUAUCUGUGCAAAUAAUCCAACAGCUGAUGCCGGGUAACGAAUUACGAAGGAAACCACCGUUGCGCAGUUUUUCUGAUCGCUUGAAUCUCACGGAUUGCGAAUGUACCAGACUGCAUGAUUGUGUUAUCAAACUGGAAUCGUCUGACCACUGUUCUGACACAAAUCGCGACUGUUCACCUUCUGCCGAGUUGUAUAACACCAAAUGCCACAUUCAGCCAACCGGUUAAUUUCUACAGAAUCAGCUUGGUUUAUUAAUUAACAAAAAUUGCGGGAAAAUGCACAAAAUGACUGGCCAAAAUUUUAUAAGGAUGUAUAUCCAGAUUUGUCUGGCGGUUAUUUUCGCUGAUAUAGCAGUGUCUUCAACGUGUGGAGUUCCCGCUAUUCCACCGCUCUUACCGGCAUCAUCAUCGUCGAAUUACCAAACGGGAGCGGCACCAUUUUUAAUGAUGUCCCCGAUUCUGAAUCUUUUGAUGCGGGAGAAAGUGUGGGUUGGGGAGCAUCCUAAUAAUCGAAUUGUCGGGGGAGACGAGGCAGUGCCGCACAGUUGGCCAUGGCAAGUGGCCCUGGUUCAUCGGCGCGCCAACCUAUCAGGAUUAUGGUUCCAUUGCGGAGGAAGCAUUAUAUCCGAUCGCUGGAUCGUAACCGCGGCACAUUGUUGCACGCCCUAUUUAGCGGAGAAUCUCGUAGCGGUGGCUGGCGACCACAAUACUAAUUCAAUAAGUGAACCCAAUCAAAUCUCAUUGGCGCUGGACAGUGUACAUGUCCAUCCACAAUACGGUGCAGCCGGUAAUCGCGUCAACAACGACUACUGUCUGCUGAAAACAAAACGCGCAAUGAAUUUCAGUGAGCAUAUUCAACCGGUGUGUUUGCCGGUUAACGCAUCCAGCGAUCCGCCAGCUGGAACGACAUGCUACACAACUGGCUGGGGCAGUACCGCCAAGAAUCUCUCCGCUCCGGUGUAUCCGUUCGUUCUCCGCCAAGUAGACGUCCAAAUCUACUCGCAGAGCACCUGCAAACGAAUCUACGCUGUGAUUACGGACCGCAUGAUCUGCACGCUGACAUCCGGGAAAAGCAGUUGUUCCGGUGAUAGCGGCGGUCCCCUGGUGUGCCGUGACGACACGACCGGACAGUGGACACUGUACGGGAUUACAUCGUUUGUGUCGUCUCUUGGAUGCGGGCAUCCAUGGGUACCGACGGUGUACGCUCGUCCCUCGGCAGUCCUCGACUGGAUAUCUAGCACGAUGGACACAUAGCGAAUCUUCUAAUCAGCUCUCUUUAACUGCUCUCUCUUUUCUGUCCUUUCUCUCGUUUCACGAGUAGUACUGCAUGGAUAAUUCUCAUAAUAAGGCCGAUUUUAGUACCGCGUGUGACAUAGUUGUGUCCCCGGGGAAUCACAUGUACCUCACGUAAUAAAGAGCCCAAAUAUGCGCAAGGAUUUUGUCAACAUCCGUCUGCUCACUUUGAUUAGCCCCA